AGCCCUGCGCCGGAUUCUCUUCUCUUCACCGUCUCGUCCCCCCCGGUUAUCUACCAAAGACACCCCGCCACUUCGUUCGCGAUAGCCUCCCCCCUUACAACCUGAGCCUCUGAUCCCGACAACUCAACGAUACACGCAUACAACACACACGCUCGACCAUGAGCACGCCCAACUCUUCGCUUGCCCAGCCGGGCGGCAUCACCGAUCCCGCCCUGAUUCAGCUCGUCAACAAGCUUCAGGAUGUUUUCGCAACCGUCGGAGUCAACAACCCCAUUGAUCUUCCUCAGAUCGCCGUCGUCGGCAGCCAGUCUAGUGGCAAGAGUUCCGUGCUAGAGAACAUUGUCGGUCGUGAUUUCCUGCCCCGAGGUAAUGGCAUCGUCACGCGUCGUCCUCUCGUCCUCCAGCUCAUCAACCGCCCCUCCCAGUCCAACGGUAUCAGCCACGAGGACAUCGAAGCCGGCGCCGACAAGGCCGCCAACCCGGACGAAUGGGGCGAGUUCCUCCACCUGCCCGGCCAAAAGUUCUUUGACUUUGGAAAGAUCAGGGAUGAAAUCUCUAGAGAAACCGAAGCCAAGGUUGGACGAAAUGCCGGAAUCUCCCCAGCUCCCAUCAACUUGCGCAUUUACUCUCCAAAUGUCCUGACCUUGACGCUGGUUGACUUGCCCGGUCUGACCAAGGUCCCCGUUGGUGAUCAGCCCCGCGAUAUCGAGCGCCAGAUUCGAGACAUGGUCCUCAAGUACAUCUCCAAGUCAAACGCCAUUGUUCUGGCGGUCACGGCUGCAAACAUUGAUUUGGCAAACUCGGAUGGCUUGAAGCUGGCGCGAGAAGUCGACCCGGAGGGUCAGCGCACCAUUGGUGUCCUCACCAAGGUCGACCUGAUGGAAGAGGGAACCGACGUUAUCGACAUUCUUUCCAACCGCGUCAUCCCGCUGCGCUUGGGCUACGUUCCCGUUGUCAACCGAGGACAGCGAGACAUUGAUAACAAGAAGGCCAUUGGUGCUGCCCUAGAGGCGGAAAAGAACUAUUUCGAUAACCACGUGGCGUACCGUAACAAGAGCUCUUACUGCGGUACUCCCUACCUUGCCCGUAAACUGAAUCUCAUCCUGAUGAUGCACAUCAAGCAGACGCUGCCCGACAUCAAGGCCCGCAUCUCGAGCUCCCUGCAAAAGUACAGCUCCGAGCUGGAAAGCCUUGGCCCAUCUAUGCUUGGCAACAGCUCCAACAUUGUCCUCAACGUCAUCACCGAGUUCACCAAUGAAUGGCGCACCGUUCUGGACGGCAACAACACCGAGCUCUCCAGCACUGAACUGUCUGGCGGUGCCCGUAUCAGCUUCGUUUUCCACGAGCUUUACACCAAUGGAGUCAAGUCACUCGAUCCCUUUGACGUGGUCAAGGACCUUGACAUCCGAACCUACCUGUACAACUCGUCGGGUCCUUCUCCCGCAUUAUUUGUCGGCACCACGGCUUUCGAGCUGAUCGUCAAGCAGCAGAUCAAGCGAAUGGAAGACCCGAGUCUGAAGUGUGUGUCUUUGGUGUACGACGAGCUGGUGCGAAUACUCUCACAGUUGCUCGCCAAGCAGUUGUACCGCCGAUAUCCUGCUUUGAAGGAGAAGAUGCACAGCACCGUCGUUGCCUUCUUCAAGAAGGCCAUGGAGCCAACCAACAAGCUGGUCAGAGAUCUGGUCAAUAUGGAGGCGUGCUACAUCAACACUGCCCACCCUGAUUUCCUUAACGGACACCGCGCCAUGGCCAUUGUCAACGAGCGCCAUAACCCAUCAAAGCCCGUCCAGGUUGACCCAAAGACCGGCAAGGCACUACCAGCUGCCACACCUGCCCGAGCUGGCAGCCCUACAGUCCCAGAUGCCGAUGGUAGCUCAAACGGCGGAUUCUUUGGAAGCUUCUUCGCGGCGAAGAACAAGAAGAAGGCUGCCGCCAUGGAGCCGCCGCCACCUAGUCUGAAGGCCUCGGGUACUCUGUCAGAACGCGAAGUUAUCGAGGUUGAAGUCAUUAAAUUGCUCAUCUCAUCUUACUUCAACAUUGUGAAGCGGACCAUGACCGAUAUGGUUCCCAAGGCAAUCAUGCUCAACCUUGUACAGCUCACAAAGGAUGGCAUGCAGCGUGAAUUGCUGGAGAACAUGUACAAGACCGACAGCAUCGAUGACUUGCUGAGAGAAAGCGACUUCACCAUCCGCAGGCGGAAGGAGUGCCAGCAGAUGGUCGAGUCUCUCGGCAAGGCCAGCGAGAUUGUCAGCCAAGUGCAGUAGACGAAAAGUCCAGACGAGCAUUCCUAGAUUGACAUGUUAGAACGAUUGGGCGACUUACGGCUUAUGAGAUGCAUGACGCACGAUGACUCGCUCCCCUUUCCCAAAUCCCUUUAUUUUCUUCUUUUUCGAUACCAUCGGCUGUUCCGGAGGCUAGAGUAAAUGAGUAAUGAGUCCGCCCAGAAGAGAACGAGAGCUGGGGUGUCGGCAAUGUGGGGGAUAUCAGGGUUAAACUCGUCGGAUAGUGGAGUAUUUUUGGAAGAGGCAGAGCUGCUCUUUGGGGGAUCCGGGUUGGGAUCCUUGGGGGAGAGGCCUGCUUCUGAUAUGUUGGGGGAAGGAUUCUCUUUUUUUAGGCUUAUAGCAUGACAAAUUAGAAUAACCAUUUUCUUUUCUUUAAUGUAAAACUAUGAAAUCC